AUGGGCACAAAGAUGAAGAAGGGGAUCCUGAAGCCGUUCCGCUAUAUCUCAAACAUGAUGGAUGGUAAGGAGCCUGAAAUGCAAAUUGGGUUCCCAACGGAUGUAAAACAUGUGGCACACAUCGGUUGGGAUGGUCCUGGCUCCAACAACAACAACAACAACAACAAUAAUGCCGGAGGAGCACCUAGCUGGAUGAAGGAUUACCAUUCGGCACCGCUUGACUCGUCCUCUUUUAGGAGCGAGAGUGGGGGCACGGCUGCUGCAAAUCCCUGGGCUUCUCAAGAGAUAGUCAUGGAUGGAGGAAGCAGCAUCGGAGACACCUCCUUCAGGGACACGAAAAGCGAGGCAGGCAGCGCCGACGUCGGCGGCGGCGACUCCCCACCGUCCCCCGGCACCCGCCGGUCGAGACGACACCGCUCUCGGGGCUCCGCCACCUCCUCCAUGGACGUUACCGGCGCCGAGGGCGCCGAGGAGAAGAAGGAGAAGGGCAAGAAGGGCACCCGCAAGAACCGCAAGAAGGACAAGUCGGGCGGCGACGACGCCUCGGCCACCUGCCAGGACCUCCCCGCCGUCCCCAAGAAGUCCAACCGCCGGAAAAACAAGGGCAGCUCCGAGGGGAACGGUGGCGCCGCGGCCAAGGACGCCACCACGGCCGCGCCGGAGGAGGGGGCGGCGGCGGCGACCCCACCCGCCGUGGACGACGACUAG